UUGUGUGUACAUCAUGACAUGAAUCUUGUCCGCUGGCAAUUGAAUUUUUCGUCCAUCCGAUUCACUAACGAGUUAAUACAUGUAGAUGUUCGCGAUGGAAGGUUUGUAGCGUAUUUUCUUACGGAAAUUUAUUAAAUUCUUCAUAUAUUCUUGGAUUCUGACAUUGGAUUUAUACCAGGCUUCGUCAUGGGGAAUUGUUUGCGUGGAUUAGGACUCACAAAGAGUGACAAAAACUACAAUCCAUCCCCUGCAACGCAGGGAUCUGGGGGAAAUGAUGUCGGGAUGCUGCCGACUUCUCCGCCCGGAGCUCCCGGGUCGCACAUCGUGGUUAACGCACCUCCUCCACAUCCAUCAGCAGGGCACCAACCCUACAAUAUAGGACCAAGUAAUGCAGGACCAAGCGGUCGGAUUGAGCCUUCAAAUCUGAAGAGAUAUGUAGCCCUGUUUGAUUACGAAGCAAGGACACAGGAUGAUUUAGGUUUUAAGAAAGGAGAAGAAUUGGAAGUUCAGAAUGACUCUGGUGAUUGGUGGCUAGCGAGGUCAAGACUCACCGGUUUAGAAGGCUACAUCCCUUGUAAUUAUGUGGCCAAAGUGCAAUCUUUAGAAUCAGAACCGUGGUUCUUUGGCAGUAUAAAGCGUAUGGAUGCUGAGAAAAAGCUGCUUCUAUCUCAAAACGAGCAUGGAUCAUUCCUUAUACGAGAAAGCGAAAGCCGAGUCGGGGAUUACUCCCUCUCAGUGCGUGAUGGAGACACAAUCAAACACUACCGUAUCAGACAGCUGGAUGAGGGUGGAUACUUCAUCGCAAGGAGAUGUACGUUCGCUACCUUGGUGGAGCUGGUCCAGCAUUAUCAGAGGGACGCUGACGGUCUGUGUGUUAACCUCAGGAGACCGUGUGUGUUGAUUGAAAAGCCUCAGACACGAGGCCUUUCAUACAACACCGUAGACCAAUGGGAGAUCCCUAGGAGCUCGUUACAGCUGAAGAGUCUUCGAGGGACAGGACAGUUUGGUGAAGUCUGGGAAGGUCUAUGGAAUAACACAACACCAGUUGCAAUCAAGACGCUAAAGAAUGAUACGAUGAACACAGACGAUUUCUUGAAAGAAGCCCAGAUCAUGAAGAAAUUAAGACAUCCUAAGUUGAUUCAGCUGUAUGCUGUGUGUACCAGAGAUCAACCCAUUUAUAUAGUCACUGAACUCAUGAUCAAUGGAUCUCUAUUAGAAUUUCUUCAGAGUCCCAAAGGCCACUCUUUACAGCUGAGGAUACUGAUCGACAUGUCAGCACAGGUAGCAGCUGGUAUGGCUUAUUUGGAGUCACAGAACUACAUCCACAGAGACUUGGCAGCCAGGAAUGUACUGGUUGGAGAGAACAACAUCUGCAAGGUGGCUGACUUUGGCUUGGCCAGGGUGAUCAAGAAUCAGGAUGAGAUCUACGAGUCUCACGUAGGAGCCAAGUUCCCCAUCAAGUGGACCGCUCCAGAAGCAGCUAACUAUCACAGCUUCACCAUCAAGUCAGAUGUGUGGUCGUUUGGUAUCCUACUCACAGAAAUCAUCACCUAUGGAAGGAUUCCAUACCCAGGGAUGACAAACAAGGAGGUCCUAGACUGCGUAGACAGAGGUUACCGUAUGCCUAAUCCUCCCGGCUGUCCACCAGAACUGUACGAGAUCAUGUUAGAAUGCUGGAAGUCCAAAGCCAUGGAGAGACCGACCUUCGAGACCCUGCAAUGGAAGCUAGAAGAGUUCUUCGUCAUGGAAGGCGAGCAGUAUCGUGAGGCAUCGUCCAUCCGCUGAAGACCGGUCUCACAUCACAGGGGCGCUGCAACGACAGGGUGGCUCAGGCAGGGCCACGUUGCCCUAGGAACUACUCAAGAAGCCCCUAUAGACUUGUAGACCUACUAAACCUUCUCCUUUAUAGGGGGAAUGGUUUGUUGAACUUUAAAAAGAGCACAGAUAAAAGGGAGAUUUUCCUUUGCGGGGGACAAUUGUUUCAUUAAAAAAAUUGUAAGGACCCUGGAGAAGAGGAAUAUUUUGAUGGUUGUUACAAGAUUGUAAGACUUUUGCAGUGUAUUCUUAUCUUACAUACACAUGUAUCCCUCUCAUCUUACCUCUCUCGGUGGUAAUAGAGCUGGCUCUUGUGUAUUAAAGGGGUAGAGGUCUUAGAGCCCCCCUCUACAAGGGUGUAAUGUUUAUUUACAGCCAGGGAGGGUUUUGGUGUUGGAUUCGCUUCCUCUCUCCAGGUUCCUGUAGUGUUAAGGGAAAGAUGUUUCCAAGUUUUCACCAUUCAUUCUCCUGUCUGCCAACUCUAUUUUUGAUGCAAUAUUUUCACUGUGUUGUCCAAACGAUAAGCCAUUAAUCAUGCACACGUUUUAUUUACUGUACUAAGUUAUUUAGAAGGAGGCUUGUGGGAGGUACUGAACAAUGAUAUAAAUGACAAAGGAGCUCCAAAGACCAUGAAUGAAACCAUGGACCAUGAUGGAACCUACAUGUAGCUGAUUCAGUGCUCUCAAUUUUAAAAGUUAACUUUGAAAGUAAAAUCUGGUUUAUCCAUUAAGUGCAUCUUUUGUAGAAGGGUUACGCACUAAAUAUUGAAACAAGCUAGUGAGAUAUUCAGGUGUUUUUUUUCCUCCUACAUGUAGGGGACAAAAUGCCAAUAGAAUGUCUACUUUGGAUACCAUGCUCUCCAUUUCAUUGGUGUGUGAUCUCUUUCUAAGGUGUGUUUUCAUUACUUGUAGUGUCUUCUUUUCUUCCUUUUACUUCUGAUUUAAAUUGGUGAAAUUCAUGAGAUGCUUUAGGUAACUAUGUAUUCUUUAACGUACAUGUACAUUUUUUGCAGGUGUGAUUUUAUCAAAUCAAGACUUUUUUCAAAGUAGUUUUUUGUCUCCUUUGGAGCAUUGCAAUCUUAAUGCUAAACAUGUACACUCUUUAAUAGGUACUCUAUUAACUCUAUGUGCAAGUAGCUCUGAAUAGAAAGAUGCAUUCUACAGCAGUUAUUUGUGUUGAUCAUGCUAAAUCAUUUUGGAAACUGGAAAGUUUUUUCCACUGCAAAUGUUUCUCCAAGCAAACAAAUUUUACAAUUGCACUCAAGAACAAUUUGUGUAGCUGCAUAUUUAAUUGUAAAUGUAAAUCCAUAUUUAAUUUUUAUGGAGAGAGAGAGAUUAGUAAACGGUACUCUACUUUCGAUGCUGCUGAAAAUGUCUUAUUACAUUAUAUGCCCAGAUUUAGUUUUGACAGUCGCAUUUGUUCUUAAUGUGAAGCUACAUGUAUGGACAAUAUUUCCAUUCCUGUUCUCUCAUCGUUUUCUCUGCAAUUAGGAAUAAAGAGCAUUGAUAUGUAAUCUGUUUGUAACUUUCAUAUUCAGGAAUGACAAUUUAUAUGAUGUCUGGUUGUUUAUAUCAAAUCAUGUUCAGGUUAAGGUCAUGUGGGAUAUAAGAAAACUCCAGGUUUCAUAGUUUGUUUACAUUUCAUCACGCUAUUAACCAUGACAACUGCAAGGUAUAUAGCAUAGCAUGCAAUAUUUUACUCAGCCUUUUUUAAAGCUGUACAAAGUCGCUUUGGUUUCAUUUACACAAUUUUUAAACAAGCAAGUGGAAUAUAUUGAUUAGAUCUCAUUUUAUUUCUAGUAUAUUUUAGAACAUGAGAGAUACAUAUCAUGUUCAAGAUAAUCAUUAUUCAAGAAUGGUAACACAUUCUCUUUUACUAGACAUGACCGCUCGUAUGCGCGAUGCUUUCAUUUAUUGAAACUCUCUUUUUUUCUACUCUUAUGUAAGAUUAAUCGAGGAAGGUAAAUGAAUUACAAGUUUUUAUGAUAGUUAAUAUAUAUGUACAUUACAUUAAUCUAAAAAAAAUAUUUUUUAAAUAUUACAUUUACGGGAAUGACAAAAAUUGGUCGGGCUUUAGAAGAGGCUUCUGAUGUGAAUGUAAAAGAUUUAAUUUUUAGAAAUUCUAAACAGUACUGCUUUUGGAGUAAAUAGAUUUUGACUAGGGAGACAUGGUUCUUUGAUAUUAAAGGGUGGUUGUGGUGUAAGUGAAGUUUUUAAGAUCAUGGUAUUAAACCUUAACAAUUUGUAUUUUAGAAGAAUAGAAGCAUUAAUUGUUAUAAUCAUGUGGCAGUUUUUGCAGUGAAACCAUUUGGUCAUUGUAUUGAAGGUGAAUGACUGGGAUGAGUUUUUAUUUUUUGUUUUGUGUAACAACUAAAUCUUCAGGUUUAAAGGAAAAAUAAUUCAUCUAGAUGAGGAAGUGUCUUUUCUUUGUUCAAUUUGAUUCUUGUUUUUUUAUUGGAAGUCUAUGGUACAUGUAUGCAGGAAGACUUUUUUCAUUGUUAUAUUAUUAGAAUGCCUUACUCCUUUUUCUUUCUUUCCUAUUCCUUUUAUCUACUUUUUUAUUGCCAUUUCUGGAAGACAAUAUUAUAUUUUAUUUCAUUUAUAUCUUAAUGAAGUCCUAAAGUAAAAAGUCACUUGUUGAAUGUACAUGAAGCAAAUACAUCGUUCCAAAUCAUUUGUGAUAUAACUUGGCCUCGCAUAGCACUUGGAUCCUCUCUUUUUCCAUUUUAAUUUCUUUUGACUUUGAUGAUUUGUAUCUAUAUCUUCUUCUCUGUGAUCCCAUGAGAAAUAUUUCUCAUUCACUUUUCAAGCUAUUAUUCUGAUCAAUAUCAUGGAAUGAAGGCGAUGAAAUUUAUAGAAAUAUAUAUACCAUAAUGUAUAUCGGAACAUGUAUUUCUCAUGUGGAGAAAAAUACUAAGCAAUCAAUAUCAAUCAUAAUUUAGACUUGCAUGUCAAAAGUAAUGCACCAUUAAAAAAAAACAUUAGUAGUAUUUAUUUUACGUUUAUUUUAUGUUUUGAAUCAUGACCUGCCAAGUUAUUCGUUUACUUUAUAUCGCUUUAUUAUUUUGAAGAAUGGAGGUAUACCGGUACUCAGAAUCAUGAGUACCGUACUUCUUAAUUUUUAUUGUAAUCAUAAUUGCUAAAGAUUGGCGGAAAUGUUACAUAAGACUUGCUUACCGGUAUGUACAGUGAGUUGUGCAUCAUAGUAAUGUGUUCAUUUUGUUCCAAUCACAUUUAUAGAUGUACUUUAUUUUAUCCAUGAGUUAGACAUGAAUAUUGAUUUUAAUGUUCAUUUUUUAAUGAGUAAGUGCCAUUGAAUUUUCACACUCUAUCAAUAUGUAACUUAUAUACUUCAAGAUGGCAUCAUGGUUUUACAAUUUUAUUUGUUUUGUAAGCCUAGACAUGCAUUAUAUUUGCAAUAAUGGUAGUGUUAAUUAAUUGUAUUCGCCGACCCUUGUUAUAACUUGUAUUAUUUAUGACUACUGUAUAUUAUUAAAAGAAAAAAUGACUUUUUAAGAGCCACAAGCACUUUCAAAUGCACAUGAAGUGUGUUCUAGCUUUCACUUUCUGUUACGUAUUAUACACAGCACUUUCAUAAAGACUUGUAGAUUAUGUAAAAAUAUGUAAAUAAAUAAAUACUUGGUCAGAAGUGAAAUAUGGGGACGUGGGUAUCUUAUUCAUGCAGGCUU